CUCUCUGUCUUCGCUCGAUUUUUUUUUUUAAUUUUCCUUUCGUAUAAAUUUUGGGAAAAAUAAGAGAAAAAAAUUAAAAAGGAAAUAGGAGAGUUUCCUACGAAAAUCAAGGGCUUGUUUUUUGCAGAGAUUUUUGAAAGGAUCGCUAUGGCAGUUGCUUCGGACGAAACCACCCGCAUAUGCAAUCACUGUGACAGGGCCAUACCUUCUUCAAAUAUUGAUUUGCACUAUGCUCAUUGUUCUCGUAAUCUUGAAAAAUGUAAAGUUUGUGGUGAUAUGGUUCCAAAAAAGCAUGCUGAGGAGCAUUUCUUAAACACACAUGCUCCGGUUACCUGUUCCUUAUGCAGUGAGACAAUGGAACGUGAAAUUCUACCUAUCCAUAAAGGUGAAAAUUGCCCCCAGAGGAUUGUUACUUGUGAGUUUUGCGAGUUUCCUUUGCCUGCUAUUGAUCUGGCCGAGCAUCAGGAGGUAUGUGGGAACCGGACAGAACUCUGUCAUCUCUGUAACAGAUACGUUAGACUGAGAGAAAGAUAUAACCAUGAAAGUCGAUGUAAUGGUAUUCCAGAAGACCAUGUCGGAUCUUCCAGGAAUGUUAGGCCAGUUGAAAGGGAGCAAGGAGCUCGGAGAAGGCAGCCGCCAGAAUACUCACGGAAACGACUUCUAUUCACCAUUGCAAUAGCCGGGAUUGCUGUUUUAUUAGGAUCACUUUUUUUCCAGAAGACGAUGGAGACUGGUCCAGUAGUUUAGCCGAGUAGAGGAUGCUCAUUGGCUUGUGUAGAUCAGCUGGAGAGGUUACAUAUUUCAUUUCUGUAUCUCCGAUUAUCCUAGAGCGUAUACCAUUGUUACUGUAUUAACACUCAAUUCAGAUUCUGAUAAUCUAUGGACUAUCCCAUCGCCAUAUUUGCUCCUUUCCUCUGAAUUUAUGUACAUGAAAGAUGACACUGUUGCCUUUCUUUUGUAAUUCCAAAUUAUUAUCUCAAUAAUAAUGCUAAAUGUAUCGAAAAUAUUUUAACAAGUUGAAA